CCCCCACCUAGUCUCACACGGGGGUCUUGCAGGCUUGAGAAGGCGCCCCUCUAAUCUAGGUUACCUGUUACCAAUGAAUGACUAGCGUGUUCCGAAGACGGAGGGGAUGCCUCAGGGGCUCGGGGGUCGGUUCUGGCCCGGAGAGGAGGAGGAGGAGGCUGCCGAAGGAAGCCCGCUGGGGGGACGAGGCGGCUUUGUCUCCUCACGCCUUCUCCCUCGUCUGUGACAGAGGCGGCCGCCGGGUCUCCCCUGCAAUGCAGCCCCUCCUAGCGAGGGCGGAAGCGCUCCCCGCCCCCUCUCUGCCUGACUCGGCUAAUUCGAAUGAUAGGUUCCGGAACACGCCACCCGGGCUAGCGCCUCGCCCCCGGCUCGCCCGGCACCCCCACCUCUCCAGCACCCCCCAGCUGAGCGGGGUGCGAUGGCCGGCCAGUUAAUUGCCCUCUAACUUAGAUGUAUGGAUUAAAAGGUCUUCCCGCUAGACCACAGAACGGCCCUCCUUGCCCACUGGGAGGACUCAAGGUGGGGGGACACUUGGGGAGGCUCGGAAAGGCCCCCCAGCGCGUGCUCGCCUCUGCGCCGGCGACAGGUGGACAGGCCCAGCGCGGACACUUGGGGUGCUGCGGCUGUCCCCCCGCGGGCCACGCCGUGCGCCCCGGGGCGGGCAGGCCUAGGCGGAGCGCGCUGCGCUCGGCUCGCAGCCCCGCGGCUUUCGUAAUCGCGUCGCCGGCGUUUCCGCCCUCGGCCGGCCCCACCUCUGCCGGGCCCGCCCUCGCCUCGCCGCCGUGCCGAGCAGCAGCCCGGGAACCCGGAGUGGCGGAGCCCCCGCCCGCAGCGGCCACCGCCUGGACGCCGGGGGAGCCGCAGGAUCCCACAUCUAAAGAAGACAGUGCCUGCCUGCCCAAGCCUCUUGCUAAUGCUUCACCACACAGCUAAGGGUCUCUAGGAU